GCUUAGCAGGUAGAGUACAACUGUAUUUCCGGGAUCGAUCAAAGGUCGAUAUGGCCACGGAUGUAAUACUGCAGGAAGAAGAGGAGGAAAGCCGGCAUGGCGAUCAAGUCUCCGAACAGCUCAAAGAAAAGGAACUAGUUUCAAGCCAAAAGUUUCAAAGAUUUGAUUCUUUGGACAUCGAGUCCCGCAGUAUCACUGAUAAUAGGCACUCCAAGGAAGCGACGUGGUCUGUAAUACUGACCCUUGCAUUUCAGAGUAUUGGAGUUGUCUAUGGAGAUCUAGGUACUUCACCACUGUAUGUGUUCUCGAGCACCUUCCCCAAUGGAAUAAAAAAUAAAGAUGAUAUUUUGGGUGUUCUAUCUCUGAUCCUUUAUACAGUCACAUUGAUCCCCUUGAUCAAGUAUGUUCUCAUCGUCCUGCAAGCGAAUGAUAACGGCGACGGUGGGACGUUUGCACUGUACUCUCUCUUAUGUCGACAUGCGAAGAUUAGUUUGACUCCGAGCCAGCAGGCAGAAGAUUCCGAUGUAUCAAAUUUUAAACUUGAAGUUCCUAGCAGACGUCUAAAAAUGGCAUCAAGGCUUAAAUCUACUCUGGAGGGCAGUCAAUUUGCCAGAGUCUUCUUACUCUUUGCCACAUUGCUAGGCACUUCCAUGGUCAUCGGCGAUGGUGUCCUCACUCCUUGCAUCUCAGUUCUGUCAGCUGUGGUUGGCUUCAAAGGAGCUACAUCUGCGAUGACAGAAGAUAUGAUCGUGUGGAUAUCGGUAGCCAUCUUGAUAUUCCUGUUCAUGAUCCAAAGAUUUGGAACUGACAAAGUGGGCUACAGUUUUGCUCCAAUACUUUGCAUUUGGUUUGUACUCAUUGGUGCCAUCGGCAUUUACAAUUUCAUCAGAUAUGAUCCAACAGUAAUCAAAGCCAUUAAUCCACAAUACAUAGUGGGUUACUUCAUAAGGAAUAAGAAAGAAGCUUGGAUUUCCCUUGGUGGCGUUGUUCUAUGCAUAACAGGAGCUGAAGCUCUAUUUGCUGAUGUUGGCCACUUCACUGUUCGAUCUAUACAAAUUAGUACGUGCGCAAUUGUUUAUCCAUCUGUAGUAUUGGCUUACAUUGGACAAGCCUCUUUUCUUCGUGAGCAUGCCAAUCUUGUUGCUGAUACCUUCUUCAAGUCUAUACCGAGUGCUUUAUAUUGGCCGAUGUUUGUUGUUGCUGUAUUAGCAUCAAUAAUAGCAAGUCAAUCGCUGAUUUCUGCCACGUUUUCUGUAAUUCAACAAUCUCUAUCAUUAGGGUGUUUCCCUCGUGUGAAAGUCGUGCACACAUCAUCCAAGUAUGAAGGACAAGUUUAUAUUCCAGAAGUAAACUUCAUUCUUAUGUUGGCUUGUGUAGGGGUUACCUUGGCUUUUAGGACCACUACAAAGAUCGGAAAUGCACUAGGUAUAGCGGUGGUUUUUGUAAUGACACUAACAUCAUCAUUCCUCGUUCUAAUUAUGAUAAUGAUAUGGAAAACCCACAUACUUCUCAUUAUCUCAUAUGUUCUUAUCAUUGGAAGUGUGGAGCUUAUGUAUUUAAGUUCAGUUCUUUACAAGUUUGAGCAAGGGGGAUAUCUUCCACUCGGUUUUGCCACUCUAAUGGUGAUCAUAAUGUUUUUCUGGAAUGAUGUUUAUAGAAGAAAGUACUACUAUGAGGUUAAACACAAAAUUUCUCCUCACAAGUUCAAGCAGAUUGUCGAUGAUAGAAAGAUUUGUCAUAUGCCUGGCCUCGCCAUAUUUUACUCGGAACUUGUUCAUGGCAUCCCGCCUAUAUUCAAUCACUAUGUAGCCAACGUGCCUGCAUUACACUCGAUCCUUGUUUUUGUCUCCAUCAGACACUUACCUAUAAGCAAGAUCCCGAUUGAAGAACGUCUCCUCUUCCGCCGUGUAGAGCCUAAGGAGCUUAAUGUAUUUCGAUGUGUUGCAAGGUAUGGUUAUACAGAUCUUCAUAAUGUACAAGAACCCUUCGAAGAAUUGCUAGUAAAGAAGCUGAAAGAGUUUGUGAGAGAUGGUUGUUUCAUACCCCGACAAACAAGUCAUGAAGAGGCUUUGGAGAAACAAGAAGAAUCAAAUGAUGGAUUGGUUGACGAAACAAAUGAAUUUGUUAAGGUACAACAAGAAGCACUGAUGGAAGCCGAGGUUCAGCUUGAAGCCAUAGAUGCAGCAUCAAGUUCAGGGAUUACUCAUCUCAUUGGUGAAAGUGAAGUCAUAGCUGCUAAAGGAUCUGGUAUACCCAAAAGAAUUUUGAUUGAUUAUGCUUAUAAUUUUUUAAAGAAGAAUUUGAGGCAGAGAGAUGAACUGUUUGAUAUUCCUCGCAAGCGGAUGCUAAAAGUGGGUAUGACAUAUGAACUUUAGAAUAGAAAGUUGAUCCUUGCUUAAGAUAGUAUUAUUGAAUUAGUGAGUCAUUUGAUAGAUGUAAUUCGACUAGAAAAGAAAAGCUAUUUGAUAAAUGAAGGUGCAUAGCUGAGCGAGGAUGUGUGUAACACAUGUUUAGAAUUUACAGUUUAUAGAAAUGCAUUUUAUUUUCUUUU